AUGGGUAAGGUAAAGGAUGUUGAUGAAGAUGCAUACAAGUGGAUACUUGAGAAUGAACCUAACCAAUGGUCAAGGCAUGCCUUUGACCCUAGAACCUUUGUACCCACAAUGACUGCAGCAUCUUUAGCAGCUCGGAUUGUAGCAUCUUCAAUGCCUACUUCAACUCAAAUGUCUAGGGUAUCAUUAGCUUCAAGUUCAAGAGGCACAGGCGAGAUUGGUCAGCUGGUGAAUAGUUUGAUGAACGAAACUAAGAAUGAGGCUGUAAACACUUCUAAAAUGUUUGCAACCAGAAAGGUUAAUUUGACAGGGUCUCAGACACUGUAUGGUCUAGUGCAGUGCACACAGGACUUGUCAAUUAUUGAUUGCUAUAGAUGUCUUCAAGAAGCUAUGGCAAGGCCCAGGCCUACUCUCAAAUGGCCUGGGUCCGCCCUUGGUGAUAUUAAGGCAAUAAAAAGGAGAGGAAGAAAAACACUAUGGAUUGCAAUUGGCGCGACAGGAUCAGCAAUUAUAGUAGUACUGCUGCUUGGCUCUUUCCUUCUGUGGAGAAGAAACAAAAGACACAAAGAGGAGAAAUCAACCAGUGAUCAUGAAGUUCAAUUACUUCGCUUGGGAGAGGGCAGAGUUGGAGGUGAUUAUUCAUAUGAUAUGAUAUUACAAGGAGAACAGUUGGAAUCUCAAGAGUUCCCUCUGUUUUCGUUUGGCAUCAUACUUGAGGCCACAGAGAAUUUUUCUGAUGAAAAUAAGCUCGGAGAAGGUGGGUUCGGCCCUGUUUACAAGGUAAAAUUAAUAUCAAUUUGGAGUGAGGCCCACCUCAAAUUUUCAAGAACUUAUGGGCAAGGGAUAAAGGAGUUAAAAAAUGAAGUUACUUUAAUUUCCAAAUUACAACAAAAAAAUCUUGUGACACUUUUGGGUUGCUGCUUAGAGGGGAAUGAGUCGAUGCUUAUCUAUGAAUAUAUGCCUAACAAAAGCCUUGAUUCCCUCCUCUUUGUUUCGUAUCUCAAAAUUUCUAUGGAUUGGAAAAGUCGUAGGAGUAUCAUUAAUGGAAUUGCACGAAGUCUAUUAUAUUUGCACAAGAAUUCUUCACUUAGAGCUAUUCAUCGAGAUCUUAAAGCUAGUAAUGUUUUGUUAGAUUUUGAGAUGAACCUUAGAAUAUCAGACUUUGGAAUGGCCAGAAUAUUUGGUGGAAAUCAAAAUGAGCUAAUUCUACUCGAGAUUGUAAGCGGGAAAAAGAAAAGUGGAUUUUAUCUUUCGAAACAUGGUCAAAACCUCCUUAUGUAUGCAUGGAAACUGUGGUGCGAAGAACAUGCAUUAGAGCUGAUGGAUCCAGUUUUGGUGGAAUCGUGUGUUCCGGUUGAACUAUUGAAAUAUAUACAUAUUGGAUUGUUGUGCGUUCAAGAAGAUCCAACAAACAGGCCUAUCAUGUCAUCUCUAGGAGUUAUGUUGGGCAGUGAUACAAUUACACUUCCUAAACCAUCUGAACCUGCAUUUUCCGUUGGUAGAGUUGUGAAUUUAGCUCAAUCUUCAUCAGAUAUUAAAGUUUCCUCCACUAAUGAGGUAACUCUUUCAAGUGUUUCACCUUGGUGA